AUGUCGAACCUCAAUCAAGAACAACUCAAAGUCCUCGAACAGUCUCGCCAGCGACUUGUCCAACUCACCCACUCCCUGGGCUCUCUCAUCGGAAGUCUAAAUUCAAGCGACCCUCUCCCACCAUGGUCCUCCCUCCAGUCCCAAGCAAGCAUCAUCUCCAACAACCUCAUAAGCGUCUCUGAACAACUCUCCGACAACCGCGACCUCCUCUCCACCCUAGUCGCCUACCCGGGCCCCGAAUACCCAGGCCGCACCCAAGCCAGUACCCUCGAGCAACUACUCCGCACAAAGCUCGACCCCCGCGUCGAAGACUGGGUCGCGCGCGGUCGCACAGCAGGCACUGAAACACCCGCCUCCGAUACCCUCAGCGACGCGCAGCUCGCGCAACUAUGGGAAUGGGCACCGCUGGAAGCGAAUCAGGAAGCGAGACGGAGGAAUUGGGGCGGGAACUUCACGCUUGAGGAACGCGAGGCUGGAAUCGAGAAUGUUGUUACGGGAUUGAAGAGACAGCUUGAGGACGAUGAUGGGUCCGAGGAGGAGAGCGAGGAAGAUGAGGAUGAGAUGGAUGUUGUUGGUGUUCAUCGCAAGCCUGGGGCUGCGGGACUGGAGUUUGAUAUUGCGCCUCAUCAUCCGCACUCUGUGCAGCCGUUUGUGCCGCUGGAUCUGAUUCUGCGGCAUAUGAGUACUGGGCGCAUGCCGUAG